AUGACGAGAUUUACCCUCGAGAUGUGCGAGCUAGAAGAGCCGUGUAACGGCCAUGUCGAGCUAGAAGAGCCGUGUAAUUGCUAUGUAGAGCUAGAGGAGCCGUGUAACGGCCAUGUCGAGCUAGAAGAGCCGUGUAAUGGCUAUGUAGAGCUAGAGGAGCCGUGUAACGGCUAUGUCGAGCUAGAAGAGCCGUGUAAUGGCUAUGUAGAGCUAGAGGAGCCGUGUAACGGCUAUGUAGAGCUAGAAGAGCCGUGUAAUGGCUAUGUAGAGCUAGAGGAGCCGUGUAACGGCUAUGUAGAGCUAGAAGAGCCGUGUAACGGCUAUGUAGAGCUAGUAGAGCUAGUGGAGCCGUGUAAUGGCUAUGUAGAGCUAGAGGAGCCAUGUAACGGCUAUGUAGAGCUAGAAGAGCCGUGUAAUGGCUAUGUAGAGCUAGAGGAGCCAUGUAACGGCUAUGUAGAUCUAGAAGAGCCGUGUAAUGGCUAUGUAGAGCUAUAA